AUGCAUCUCAAACCUCACCGCCACGUGCCUCGAAGGCUCUCUAAGCGUGACGAUCCUCUUCUUGACUUCGAAGUUCUCGACGGCUCCCUCGAUAAACGCGCACAAGUCCAGGGUGAUGUCGCGACAGUAUUCUCGGUUGUCUAUGUAACGGCCUCGGCUACCUUCUCUGGACCUACAGCUGGCUUUGUUACGCUCGGAGCCGACCCUACUACCUCUGCAAAGGCUGCAAAGAGCACAACCGCAAACGACGAUGACAACACAACGACAGCAAAGGCCAAGCAGACAUCAGCGACAGCCAAGACCAGCACCACAUCCACAUCCUCUGCCAAAGUCACAAGCACACUAUCACCAACCGCAAAGUCAACUGCCAGUACCUAUUCUGCUGCAUCGUCCUCCACAUCACUCGUCUCAUCCUCCUCAGUCGUCCUUACUACAUCUGCUGCCGCUUCCUCCACGAUAGCAUCUUCAUCCAUAUCUUCUGCUGCAAAGGCUCAUGCUACGUCCUCUGCAUCGGCCUCUGCAUCAGCGGUCGCGGACGAAACUUCUAGCGGCAUUAGCACUGGUGCGAAGGCCGGCAUUGCUCUCAUGGUUAUCGUUGUUGUUGGUCUUCUCGCCGGUCUUGCCUACUUCCUCAUUCGCAAGAAGAAGGCCCAACAGAAGCAAGCUAUUGGCAUGCAGAGACUCGAUGAUGAGAAGAAGGGCUUCAUCAGCAACAGCCCAAGCACCAUGAGUGUUCCCCAGCCCCCGCCCCAGUCAACACGCAGCAGUGGACCUGCACCGCGUAUCAGUUAUCGCCCAGGCUCCCAGUUCUCUGCUAGUGUGCUUGGAGACGCCGAGAAGGCUGCACUCGGAGCAGCUGGUAGUGUUGCCGCCUCCAGAAACAGCGACCCGUCAAAUCCCUUCGGUAUUCAUGCUCAGACUGUCGAACCUCAAUCGAGAGACGUCAUCUCUCCUAUCCCUGAAGAGCGUUCGCUUAGCCCUCCUGUCGAGCUUCAAGGCAGCCCUGUGCCUAGUCCGACCGCCGCUAGCUUCAAUAUCGACUCUCCCACUACUCCUAGCGCUGGUGCCAAGGCCGAGGUUGGUAUGGCUUCUGUUGUUCCUGUAGCCGCUCUUGCAGGUGGCGCUUCUGGUGUCACUGCCGAUCCUCCAGGUAGUACUGUUCAUCGUGUUCAGCUCGAGUUCAAGCCAUCAAUGGACGACGAGCUCGAGUUGAAGGUUGGCCAGAUCGUUAGAGUCCUGCAUGAGUACGAUGAUGGUUGGGCUCUCUGUAUGAAGAUGGAUCGCUCGCAACAAGGUGUCGCUCCCAGAACUUGUCUUUCAAAACUGCCUCUGAAGCCAAGACCCAUGGGCCCUCCCCCUGGUGCUAAGAAUGGUCCUCCUCGCGCUGCUCCUCGUGCCGGUCCAGGCGCUAUGGGCCCUCCUCCUAGACCCAUUGGUGCCAAAGUCCGUCAAAACUCCUCGUCGUCUCAAGGUUCUGCUGCAUCAUCUCAGCAACGCCGUCCGUCGAUGGCACCUUCUAAGCCGUCAUCUCCCACUUUGAAUGAGCAAGCUCAAGCACGUCAAAGAAACACAUCUGCUGCUGCGUCCCCGACAAAGUCUCAAAGACAAACACAGCAGCGUGUAGCCUCGGCCGCCGAAGCUCAUAGCCGCAGCGCCUCAAUGGGCACUGCAUCGAGUGUCGACAAAUCUACAACUGCCUCUGGUGCAACCACUCCUCUGGGUGUGCCCACCAGAAAGCCAGUUCCCGGCCAAGCCCUCUAA